CGGUUGUCAGACUUAUCGAUAAAUCACUGAAGCCGGUGGUUGCGCGCGACUCAGCUUAAAUAAAUUUUUCCUCAAUAAAUAAUUUAUUGAUUUAAAAAAGUGCUGCUAUUCAAACAUGGUGAAUAAUUUUCUGCGGUGGAAACAAAUAAGCUAUCCCAAACGUCAGUUGGCAAACUCGACAUCUCUCAACUCCUACUCAACAUAACAAGAAACUUCUUAGAUUUAACUAAAACAUCAAACUUAAACUUGAACGUUUAAUCCACCAAACCAUUCGCUGAAAAAAAAAGAGAAGAGGAGUCAUCCGCGGGAUUAAAUGAAAUGAAAGUGGUGCCAAUGUUGAGUCUAUGAGCAACUUCUCAACUGAGCUUGAAAUUCCAACAAUAACAUCAGCGAACAGCAGGGAUUAAUCAGGCGUACAGAAGGAGAAGGAGUUUUAUUUUAAUUUGGAAUAUUGUUCGUUUCGUUUCGGUGUUUAGUCCUUCGGUCAAAUUGUGUAUUUCUUAGGAUUUUAACUAUUUAUUGAAUAUUUUUAGAGCUAGAGCUAUAGAGCCGAUCUGAUAGAUCAGUUCGAGUAGAAGGAAGAAGGAAACAUUUCAGGGCAUUAGUUACUUAAGUCACACCACUCCCAACACUUUGUGUAUUCCCCCAAAACACGCGGCGAGUUGUUCACUAAUUUUCAUUAUGAAAAUAACAACAAUGAAGUUUAAGCGCAAAUAUGGCUGUUUAGAGAAUAUUUGAAACGAAUUUCUCACUUAUUAACCAAUUUGGAUUUUUGUUUCGACCAUCAUUUGUUACCGUAGUCUUGUAUUUUAUAAGUUCCAAUCGAUUGUUUUGCACCAGUCACCAAAAAAACCAAACCAUCCUACCAGCCAUCCACAAUCACAGUCCGGUCCCCCUACAAUCCAUAUUGUUUUUUGCAAGAGAGUAAAUCAUAUUUAAGUUAGCUUCAGAAGAUAGAAGUUCAGCGUAGAAGAGAGAAAGUUUUGAGUAAAACCAACGAAAAAACCAUCAUGGAGCCAUUCUCACCAGAUCUACUAUGGAUGGUCGUCAUUGGCUUCCUGAUCGCGUUCGUUCUGGCCUUUGGUAUUGGAGCCAACGAUGUGGCGAACUCUUUUGGCACCAGCGUUGGUUCGGGUGUGCUAACCAUCCGUCAGGCCUGCGUGCUGGCCACCAUCUGUGAGGUCUCUGGCGCUGUGCUUAUUGGCUACAAAGUAUCGGACACGAUGCGCAAGGGCAUCCUGGAGGUUGGCAUGUACGAGGGCUACGAAGAGGUCUUGAUGCUGGGCUGUGUGUCCGCCCUGGCCAGCAGCGCCGUGUGGCUGCUGGUCGCCACCUUCUUGAAGCUACCCAUUUCGGGCACACACAGCAUUGUCGGCUCCACCAUUGGCUUCUCACUGGUGGCACGCGGUGUGGAGGGUCUCAAGUGGUCCACGCUGGCCACCAUCGUGGGCUCGUGGUUCAUCUCGCCGGUGAUGAGCGGCAUUGUGAGCAUUCUGCUCUUCCUGGCCAUUCGCCGCUUCAUCCUGCGUGCCCAGGAGCCGCUCAAGGCUGGCUUCCGCUCGCUGCCCAUAUUCUACGGUGUGACAUUCUUCAUCAACGUCAUCAGCGUGGUGCUGGACGGACCCAAGCUGCUCUACAUGGACAACAUACCCACUUGGAUAGCGCUGAGUGCCAGCCUGGGCCUGUCCCUGCUAGUGGUGGUGCUUACCCAGCUGGUGGUGGUGCCAAUGCAGCGCCGUAAGAUCGAGAAACGUUUGAGAGCUGAGAAUCCGGUGAAGUUCAAUUUCGAGGACUCUGUGGAAUCCUCGCCAUCCGGCAGUCCCAAGAAGCAGCGUCGUCCCCUGUCGCUGGUAAGCGAGGGAAAGCCACUGCCCGCCAUCGCCGAGAUCACCGAGCUGGUCUCGCUGACCGACAACUCACCGAAGACUUUUAAGCUGGCCCCAAACUUUGGGCUUGCGGCCAAGAAUAACAAUGCGCCCGGGGAGGAGUACAAAAUCCAUCCGCAGCUGAUCAAGAAGGCCGAGGAUUUGCUGGGCAAGGCCAGUCUGGACAACACCGAUCUCACCAUCACCAGUCUGAACUUUAUUGACGAGCAGCAGCAGCAGCAGCACCAACAACAGCAGCAGCAGAACGGACGCAAGCUUCAGGAGUGCUUCAAACGCAUUCAGUCGCCCAAGGAAGAGCACAAGCCGCAGCAGCAGGUGGCCAGCAGUGUGGUAGCGGCACCAGCUGUAACAGGAGCAGCUGGCAAAGCCACCAACAACAACCUGCAGGUGGUGGAGAGUGCCGGAAGUUUGGACCUGAUGAUCAGCUCCACCCUGUCGCCCAACUCCAGCAAGGUGCCGCUGAUCGAGAGCAAAGAGGCGCUAAAUGAGCAGGAGGAUGAGUUCAAGCGGGCCGCCGGUCGUCGUGCCAGCAGCGCCGAGGAGACCCAGGAGAUCUCCAUGUUAUUCUCGUUCCUGCAGAUACUUACGGCCACAUUCGGCAGCUUUGCACACGGUGGAAACGAUGUGAGCAACGCCAUCGGUCCUCUGAUCGCACUCUAUAUGAUAUACCGCGAGGGCUCAGUGAUGCAACAGGCGGAAAGUCCCAUCUAUAUUUUGAUCUACGGCGGCAUUGGCAUCUCCGUGGGUCUCUGGCUGUGGGGACGGCGUGUCAUCGAGACCAUUGGCAAUGACCUCACAAAAAUUACCUCAUCAACUGGCUUCACAAUUGAAAUCGGAGCCGCCAUCACCGUACUGCUGGCCAGCAAAAUUGGCUUGCCCAUUUCGACAACACACUGCAAGGUUGGUUCGGUGGUUUUCGUGGGUCAUGUGAGUUCAUCGGGUCGCAAGAAAACACCCGCGCCGGAUCAGAAGGAACUUCAGGCUACGACGGAGAAGUCAGGUCAGAAGCCUGCGGUGCCCAUGGAGGAUGGCAGCGUUGACUGGCAUCUGUUUAGGAACAUAGCCUAUGCCUGGAUAGUGACGGUGCCCGUGACUGCUUUGCUUAGUGCCGGAAUGAUGUACGUGCUCUGUCUGCUGGCCGUAGACGACAUAGGUCGGGCCUAGACUAGUAAGAGAGGCCAUUCAAUUAUUAAUUGUAAUUGUCAAGCAAAACUAUGUUUCGUAAUUGUACAAGUUGGUAAACACACACACAAAACCUAAGGUUAAUCACGCAAAGGAAAACAAAGAAGUGAGCAAAUCUAAAACAAAUUACUCGCCUAACUAAAGCAUUGUACUAGUACUUAGCUCCUAGAACGUGUCUCUGAUGCUAACCGAUAUUAAUAUGAUUUAAUAUGUCUACUACGCCAAGCAUGUCGUGAUCAUUAUUUUUAUAUAUAAAAAAUGCGACUAUUUCCAGUCAGAGUUUUGCAACCAAAGUAAGCGCAUCUUCAAUUAAUUUAUAGACUCCAUUUAAUUUACAAUACCAUUAGCUACCACUCCCCGCAAUUCCCUCAACCCCUUCUCAGCAAUAGAACAGAGCAAAACACUUGAAUAAAAUACAAACUAUGUACAACAACAAAAAGACCUCUGUAUGAACCUGGUCGAUUGUCUUAAAAUUGUUUUCAACUCAGUUUGAUCAAGUUUUAAUAUACUUAUUGUUUAUUUAUUUUUGGUUAUCCUUAAGGACUGCCUAACUAAACUCAUUUGAUCUUCAGAGCUUUAAAUAUUCUUUUUUUGAGAUUAUUUCGAACUUUUUUCGAAUCUAUUCGGUUGAUCAUUCAUUUCGAACUACCAUUGAAAAUCAAUUACUCAAGAGGCUCUCCAGUCCGUCUUUCAUUUACAUUCCAUUUUGAGAGCCCCAGUUCGUAAAGUAUUUCACUAUGUAGUUAUACGAGAAAUAAAUACAAAAGUUAUGAAA